CAGUCAGACAGAGAAGAGGAGGAGCACUUGUUAGUUAUUUCUCACACCCUCACCCAUGAAAAACAGCCCGUGUAGGACAUAAGAAAGGAACUGAGAUACUCUGAAAGAGAAAAUACAGACAGAAAGAGACAUAGGGGAGCGUUUUAUAGGCCAACCAAUGGCUCCUUGGACAAAAACUAGCUCUGAAAGAUAUGGCGUUGUUAAGUGGAAUUUCACCGCCAAAGCGGAAAAGCAGUUGUCCUUGUCUAUCGGGGACACGGUACACAUUCAGGAGUCAUGUGAAGGAUGGUAUAAAGGUUACGUGAUCAAGAACAAAGAGAGAAAAGGAGCAUUUCCUGCAAGCUAUGUAGUGCUAAAGGAAGUCAUUGUUGAAAAGAGAGGAGAUGAGGAGAUCAUAACUUCUGCUGAGAUGCCCCUGGUGAAGGAGGUGACCACCACACUGAGAGAAUGGGGCAGCAUCUGGAAACAACUCUAUUUGUUGACCUCAAAAUUGGAAAACGUAAUACAUCAAAAUAAAAAUACAUCCCGUUAUCAGUCCAGUAAGAAGGAGCGUUUCACUCAGGUCCAGAGGCUGAUGUGGGAUCUAAUGGAGUGGCGUUCUCAGCUUCUGUCCGGGACACUGCCGAGUGAUGAAUUUAAAGAGCUCAAACAGAAAGUCACCUCAAAGAUCGACUAUGGAAAUAAGAUCUUGGAGCUGGAUGUGGUGGUUCGAGACGCUGAUGGGAAUAUUCUCAACCCCGAGCGAGCCAGCGUGAUCAGCCUCUUCCGAGCACACGAGGACGCUACGGCCAAGAUCACAGAGAGAAUUAAAGAAGAACAGUCCAACGUUCAAAUGGAUCAUUCCGGAGUGUCCGCACGGAUCCAGUCUUCUCCCACACACAGCCUCUAUGUGUUUGUGCGUAACUUCGUGUGUCGAAUCGGGGAGGAUUCUGAGCUCUUCAUGUCUCUGUAUGACCCCAACAAACAGACAAACAUCAGUGAGAAUUAUCUGGUCAGGUGGGGAGAUAAAGGUCUGCCGAAGGACAUUGAGAUGCUCAACAGUCUGAAGGUGGUCUUUACAGAUCUGGGGAAUAAAGACCUGAACCGAGAGAAGAUCUAUCUGAUUUGUCAGAUUGUGCGUGUGGGCCGUAUGGAUCUGAAAGAUGCUCCUCAUAAGAAAUGGACGAUGGGCCUGCGGAGGCCGUUUGGUGUGGCGGUGAUGGACAUCAGUGAUAUCAUCAAAGGAAAGACAGAAUGUGACGAAGAGAAGCAGUAUUUCAUUCCAUUUCAUCCGGUCUUAGCUGAGAAUGACUUUCUGCACACUCUUCUAAACAAGGUGACGACGUCUCGAGGUGACAGCGGAGGUCAAGGUCUGUGGGUCACCAUGAAAGCUCUAGUGGGUGACAUCAUCCAGAUCCGAAAGGAAUAUCCCCAUCUGGUGGACCGGAGCACUGUGGUUGCACGAAAACUGGGUUUUCCUGAGAUCAUCAUGCCGGGUGACAUCCGUAAUGACAUCUACCUCACGCUGCACUCCGGAGACUUUGACAAAUACAACAAAACCACGCAGAAGAACGUGGAGGUCAUUAUGCUGGUGUGUGACGAGGAGGGGAAGGUCGUGCCGAACUCAAUCUGUCUGGGAGCUGGAGAUCGGCCUGUGAACGAAUAUAGGUCAGUCAUUUACUACCAGAUCAAACAACCUCGCUGGAUGGAAACAUUUAAGGUGGCGAUUCCUCUGGAGGAGAUGCCCAGAAUCCACCUGCGGUUCAUGUUUCGUCAUCGAUCCUCACAGGAGUCGAAGGACAAGAGUGAAAGGAACUUUGCGAUGGCGUUUGUUCGUCUGAUGAAGGAAGACGGAACUGUUCUGAGAGAUGGCAUACAUGAGCUCACUGUCUUUAAGGGUGACAGUAAGCGUAUGGAGGAAGUCAGCUCCUAUCUGUCCCUGCCGUCUGAGCGCAGUCACCCCGACGGUCACAAGGGGGCGACGCUGAUGCGCAGCUCCAGCAGUGUGGGCGGGCUGUCGGUCAGCUCCAGAGACACGUUCACCAUCGCCACGCUCGUCUGCUCCACCAAACUCACUCAAAACGUGGGUUUGUUGGGUCUGCUGAAGUGGAGAACUCGUCCUGAAAUGCUGAAACAAAACCUACAAGAGCUCAAACUCAUUGAUGGAGAGGAGGUUGUGAAGUUCUUGCAGGACACCUUGGACGCCCUGUUCAACAUCAUGAUGGAACAUUCUCAGACUGAUGACUAUGAUAUUUUGGUAUUUGACGCUCUGAUCUAUAUCAUCGGUCUGAUAGCCGACAGAAAGUUUCAGCAUUUUAACACUGUGUUGGAGGCCUAUAUCAAACAACACUUCAGCGCCACACUGGCUUACAAGAAGUUGAUGUCCGUGCUGAAGACAUAUUUGGACGUGUCCAGCCGAGGAGAGGCCUGUGAACCCAUCCUGAGGACGCUCAAAGCCCUCGAGUACAUCUUCAAAUUCAUCGUCCGCUCCCGAAUGCUCUACUCUCAACUGUAUGAAGGGAAGGAACAGGCCGAGUUUGAAGAAUCUCUCAAAAGUUUAUUUGAGUCCAUCAAUAACCUGAUGAAAAGUGACUACACCACUACACUACUGCAGCAGGUGGCCGCUCUGAAGUACUUGCCCACAGUCCUUCAAGAUGUGGAGACGGUUUUCGAUGCUAAACUCCUCAGUAAGCUGUUGUAUGAUUUCUACACCUGUAUUCCUCCGGAUAAACUACAGAAACAGAAAGUAGGAUCCAUGACUGAGAUAGUGGGCAGCAAACUCUUCCAGAGACAAGACUGCCGUGACAUCUUGUUACCCAUGAUGCUCAGGGAGCUGAGCGGGGCGUUGGCUGUGGUGGGGGAGGGGAAUCAGGAUGAGAAGCGGAGCAGCGUUGAACUCCUGAACAACAUCCUGGAAGUGCUCAGCCGUAACGACGUGGGAGACACAUUUCAGCACAUUCAGGACAUUGUGUCGUCUCUGCUGAGGACGAUAAACCGCACAGUCAUCACGAUGGGCCGAGAACACACUCUCAUCUCUCGUGUGGUGGCCUGCAUGACAGCCAUUCUCAGUCAGAUGGGUGACAGACACUAUUCACGCUACAUCGAGACCUUCAGUGGGACCACAGACCUAGUGGACUUCCUGAUGGAGACGUUUCUGUUGUUUAAGGAUCUCAUUGGUAAACAUGUCUAUCCAUCUGACUGGGUCACCAUGAUCAUGGUGCAAAACCGAGUGUUCCUCCGAGCGAUCAACACAUACGCCGACACCAUGAACCUCAAGUUCCUCGACAACAACAACUUUGAAGUGCAGUUAUGGAAUAAUUACUUCCAUUUGGCUGUGGCGUUUAUUACCCAGGAGUCUUUGCAGUUGCAGCAUUUCUCGCCCACCAAAAGAACCAAGAUUUUGGCCAAAUACGGGGACAUGAGGAGGCUGAUUGGUUUUGCUAUCAGAGACAUGUGGUACAAACUCGGUAAGAAUAAGAUCUGUUUCAUUCCCGGGAUGGUGGGUCCUAUCCUGGAGAUGACGCUCAUCCCUGAGGAAGAGCUGCGGAGAGCAACAAUCCCCAUAUUCUUUGACAUGAUGCAGUGUGAACACAACCACUCCGGACACUUCAAAAAGUUUGAGAACGAGAUCAUUCUGAAGUUGGAUCAUGAAGUGGAAGGAGGCGGAGGAGACGAGAGAUACAUGGAGCUGUUACAGAGCAUUCUUUUAGAGUGCGCUCAGGGACGCCCCCAGCUGCUGACCGAGGUGCAGAACUUCGUUACCCUGGUGACCGGCCUCCUGGAGCGUCUCCUUGACUACCGCACAGUGAUGAGCGAUGACAGUCGAAACAACCGCAUGAGCUGCACCGUCAAUCUUCUGAAUUUCUACAAGGACAUCAACCGUGAGGGGAUGUACAUCAGGUACCUCUACAAACUUCGGGAUCUUCAUUUGGAUGGAGAAAACUACACCGAGGCGGCGUAUACACUGCUGCUGCACUCCAAACUGCUGAAGUGGUCAGAGGAGCAGUGCGCCCUUCAGUUGGACUAUCAGACGCCUCAGUCCCAGCGGCAGCUCAAAGAAACACUCUACGACACCAUCAUCAGCUACUUUGAUAAGGGCAAGAUGUGGGAGGAGGCCAUCACUCUGUGUAAGGAGUUAGCGGAUCAGUUUGAGAUGGAGGUCUUUGAUUACGAGCUUCUCGGACAGAAACUGAAUCAGCAAGCUAAGUUUUAUGAGAACAUUAUGAAGAUCCUGCGGCCCAAGCCGGACUACUUCGCUGUGGGAUAUUACGGAUGCGGCUUCCCUCAGUUCCUCAGGAAUAAGGUUUUCAUUCACCGUGGGAAGGAGUACGAGCGCAGGGAAGAUUUCCAGAGUCAUUUGAUGAGUCAGUUUCCCAGCGCUGUGAGACUCAACAUCACCACGAUGCCUGGAGACGACAUUAAAAACUCAAACAUGCAGUAUAUCCAGUGUUUUACUGUCCAACCGGUUCUUGAGAUCCCUCCACGUCUGAAGAACAAACCAGUCCCUGAUCAGAUCAUCAAUUUCUACAAGUCGAACUACGUUCAGCGGUUCCAGUAUUCCAGACCCGUGAGAAGAGGGAAAGUGGAUCCUGAUAAUGAGUUUGCUUCUAUGUGGAUUGAACGCACCACAUUCAUAACUGCGUACAAACUCCCAGGAAUCCUGCGCUGGUUUGAGGCCAUUAACACGACCCACGUGAGUGUCCGUUCCUGUCAAUCAAACUCAGGCUGAAAUACUAGUGUGCUGCAUAAUGCACAGUGUAUACUGGGUACUUUUUAAUAGUAUGCAAAACAGUAUGCAGUAAACAACAAUAAACAUAAAACAGUAGUAUGAUACUUUGUUACAUGACCUCAUUGUAUGUAAUUAUAUUUAAUGCAUAAUCACAUAAGACAAGAAAGAGUUCAAUUUGCCUUUUACUAUAAUAUCAGUUCAAAUGUCAAGAUAAUUGUCUAGCAUUGUCAGAUAUGAUAUUCCGUACUGUGUGCUUUUAUGCAUAUAGAAAAUGCAUAAUGUGCACAAAUUUCAUACUGUAAAAUUGUGUGAGCAUGUAAAAUGUAUAUUAUAUUAUAUUACAGUACAUUAGCCUAUAGAAUAUUAUAUAGAUUUGCAUUGAUGACGUUUAUUUUCUGUAAAGCUGCCUUGAAACACUAUGUAUUGUGAAAAGCGCAAUACAAAUAACUUAAAUUGAAUUUAUGAUAUAAUAUUUUGUCUUUAUUUCUGUGUCCGCUGGAGAAUGCCAUCGAGACGAUGGGACAAAUGAAUGAGAAAAUCCUCACCAUGAUCAACCAGUACCAGUGUGAUGACGCUUCACCCAUAAACAUACUGAUGUGACAUACUGAUGUAUAAUUAUAUCAAUAAUCAUAUAUACAGCACAUUGUGUCCCAUUUCAGUUUUCCAUAUUUCUUCAAAAUAGAAACUUUUCAUUUGUUCCUCCAUUCCUGAAGCUAAAAUCAUACUUUAACAUUAAAUGAAUCAACAGCAUCACUAGUUUUGUAAAACAAAUGAUGAGGUAGAUAUGAAUUAGAUUGCUGUUUAUCAUCAGCAGGUUUCAGUACAUUACUGUGUUUACUUUGCAAUUAUAAAGACUGAUGAACAUUUACAAGCUGUUAAUGCAAAAGAUAAAACCUGUUCUUGCUUUACUAAUUUGUAAAAAUGUAAUACAUACAUUUAUUUAUUUACAUAUAUUUACUCUUGACUUGAUUACUGCAAAUACUGGCUUCUCUGCAAUUGAUUUCAUGUUCAUUUUAGAAGCAAAUAUAAAGUGCUGAUAGAUGUUUGUAAAGCUUUGCAUGGACAAGCUCCUGGUUUUGUUUCUGAUCUUAUUAGUUUUCAUCUUACUAAUAAACUUACAUUUGAUGCGAAUACAUAUUGAUGACACUGCAGAAUUUUAAUGCACACCUCAACUCAUGUUUCCACCAAAACUGUUCAUCUGGAGCUUCAGAGUCAAAAUUCUUGGUCGGGCUGCUAUUGCCGAACCUUUGGUCACUUGUGCCAAUGUCAAACGUUGAUUUCAAUUCAAUUCACAUUUAUUUGUAUAGCGCUUUAUACAAUACAUAUCGUUUCAAAGCAGCUUAACAGAGAAUGCGUGUCUACAUUACAAUUUAGAGAAUCUGGUAUCGGAGGUGACUGUCCAAUAUAUGUGGUUUCAGAAAUGUACAUAUAAUCAUGCAGUUAGCUAACAAUGUAAUAACAAUGCAAUUUAAUUUACAAUCACUGUUAGCAGAUUUCAUUGGUGCCAACAGUGCACACUGCCUGAGAAUGUUGUUGAUCAGGAACGUUCCUACUUAUCACACUCAGCUGCUCAGACGGGAGUGUGCUGGGAUUGAUCAGGAUAUUUGAAGAAAACAUCAGCAUUGGAUCAUUCUUCAGUCUUGUGUUUGAACUGAUUCAAGCUUCAUAUAUUUAAACACAAUUAAACCGAACAAUAUUAAACUGAAGCUUUUUCUGCUUUCACAGUUUUAUUUACUUAUGUUCUUGUUUGUUUUUUGUUACAGCGCUUCAUACAAGGUAUUCCAGUAAGUAUUAAUCAUUAUGGUUUUAUUUGUUUUGUUCACUGUUAAAACAAACACUGUGAAAAUGUAAAAUAUUGCAGCAUGGUACAAACUACAGUUCUCUUGUUCCACAAAUGUUCAGUCAGCAACACACUUUGAUUUGUCAUUAAUUAUCGUAAUAAUCAGGGGUGCACAUAAGUUUUUUUUUAGUCUGGUUCUCAUUAGAGCACCUGGAGUUUUGUUUUGGUGCUCACACUGCAUAUUGUGUGCCCCAUUAAAUGUGACUAUAAAAUAAUUAAUAAUAGUAUUACGGCACUUCUUUUAGUUCAAAUAAUAAACACAAUAAUAAAUAAAAUGUAAUAAUACUAUUCUAUUUUAAAAUUAAAAAUAGUAUUAAAUAAAAAUACAAAUAUUUUAUAGUACACUUAAAAAUACCAUGCUAAAA